CUCUCUCUCCUCUCACUUCUCAGUGUCUCUGAGAAAAUCCCCUCCAGUUCCUCUCUCUCUCUUCAAUCACUCUGUUUUCCUUUCCUCCCCUGUUUCCUCUCGGCUCUCCCACAGCUCAAAGUUACCAAAACUCGCCCAAAAUUCAAAAACCUUCCUCCAAAAUAGAGAACAAAAGCUUUCAAUUUAAAAAUGCACACCAAGACGGAUUCGGGAGGGACGAGCGUGGACGCGACGUGGCCGCCGCCGGCGCCGCGCUCCCCGCCCCGCCGGCCGGUGUACUACGUCCAGAGCCCGUCCAACCACGACGUCGAGAAGAUGUCCUACGACGGCGGAUCCAGCCCCGCCGGGUCCCCGCCCCACCAUUUCUACCACUGCUCCCCAAUCCACCACUCCCGCGAGUCCUCCACUUCCCGAUUCUCCGCCUCCUUGAAAAAUCCCCGCAGCCUCUCCGCCUUGAAGCACGUCCAGCUCAACAACCACCGCCGCACCGGCCUCGACGACGACGAUUUCGACAACGAAAACGACGAGUUCGCCGCCGUAGGCGAUCGUGGGUUCGACUCGAGCCGGCACAAUUCCGUCCGGGUCUACAUCCUCUGGCUCUGUUUCUUCUUCCUGCUCUUCACUCUGUUUUGCCUAAUCCUCUGGGGCGCCAGCAACUCGUACGCUCCCAAAAUUUCCGUCAAGAGCAUGGUGUUCGAGAAUUUUAAUGUACAGGCAGGGUAUGACGGAACAGGAGUGCCAACAGACAUGCUCUCGUUGAACUCAACGGUCAGGAUCCAUUACAGGAACCCGGGCACCUUCUUCGCCGUACACGUCACCUCCAGCCCGCUCGAGCUCCAUUACUUCCAGCUCAAGCUCGCCUCUGGCCAGAUGAAGAAGUUUUCUCAGCCGAGGAAGAGCGGCCGCACGGUGGUCACCGUCGUCAACGCGCGCCAAGUCCCGAUGUACGGCGGUGUGCCGGUGCUGUCGAAUGCCUUCACCGACAUGGGCAGAGUCGCCGUCCCUCUCAACCUGACCUUCACCGUCCGGUCCAGAGCCUAUAUUUUGGGGAGGCUGGUGACGUCCAAGUUCUACACCAAGAUCCGGUGCCGGCUCACCCUCCAUGGGAAUAAUCUCGGGAAAUCCCAUAAUUUGACCGACGCUUGCUUCUAUGGUUGAUGAACAUGUGCAUAUGAUGUGUCUUGCUUCUAUGUUGUUGGUUGGUGUAAAUUGCAAUUUGGUUUUGGGGUUUUAGAGAAAUGGAUGGUUGAAAUUAUUCUCCUUAUAGUGAUGAGUGCGAGGAUGUUGUUACAUGUUCUUGGUUGUUCGAUCGAGAAUUGGAUGUUUGUGGUUCCUGUUUCCGACAUGAGCUCAUGAUGGUAUCUUGUGUUUAGGUGAAAUCAAUAGUCAUUCGAUUCUUGAUGGAAGAACUCAG